AGAUCAUGGCUCAAUUCCCCCCGAUACCGGCUCCCCCCAAAAAAACAGAAGAGAAAAGCCAACAUGGGACCAGUUCAGGUUUGAAGUGGAUUUGAAGGGUCUUCAUCUUAGAAAUACCCCACAAAUGAGUAUCAGGGGGGAGGAAGUGACGGCGGCAUGAGCUAGGGCCGCGCGCUCCAGGGCUCCGCCCCCGCCCCCUGAGCCCUCGGGACGGACGUGGAGCCGAAACGAACCCCGGGAUGCCGGGACACUGAUAGAGGAAUGCCGCCAGGACCACAUGCCUACCUGGAUACCCCGUGAGAGCUAGGGGCGCUGGUCCCUGGAUUGGGCCCCAGGAGGAGGGAGGAGCGAGGUGGAGGUGACGCGACGCGAUGUUCUCCGUGGGGUUGCUGUCUGACAGGAGACGGAGGUGGCGGGGCAGAUGUUUUCUCUCCCCCCGUGUGCUGCGGAGGGAGACGCCAGAGAGAAGGUGAGAGAGAGGGAGGUGCGGACUUUUGCAGCCAGUAAGGGAGAGGAGUGCCGGGCCUGUUCCGGAAGCCCAUAAAUGGUGGCCCCUGCCUCACAGUGCGGUGUAGUGGCGUUGAGGUGGAGGAGUGCACGUGUGGGGCCCCGCUGCUCCUUGCUGGGACUUUAUCAGGCUGGGCCAGACCCUCUCUUGUGGAAAGGAGAAAGGAAUCGAGAAAAAGAUCUGAUGCUAUAUUGAUAAUUAUUUUGGCAGCCUUUAAGCCAGUUAAAUCAGUCAUUAACAUCUCUGCAACAUUAUGAACAGCAGCAGCCCCCAGCACUUGUCCCAUGUGGAAUAGACAACAUUGGACGCCAGAUACCCUACCUGGUUACUCCUUCUAGCGACUUGGAGAAGUCUGGACUCACAGACCAAAUCGAACAAUUGGGCCUUAGUAGACCCCCUCUUCCAUGAAAUUGGACUCUUGCCCUGGAUCCAACAGAGGGCCUAUAAGAUCAGUGACUUUAGGGGGAGACUGGACUGUCUAUCAAGGGGAUCAAAUAUGCUAAUGAGUUCUUAGUUGUAUAUUAUUAUGCUAUAUUUGACGGCGGAUACUGAUAGAUCAGGCUGCGAUAUCCUCUGUCCAAAGUGUAUCCCAGAACCGUGUGGGGCCACGAAUCCUCACCUUUGUAUGUUGUAAAUAAUUGGAGGCAAAUUAUUGGGUGGGAGGGGCCUAUGGUGUAUAAUUUCGUUAAGAUAAUAGGUGGAACCUGGGUGGUGAUACGUACACCUUACAAGUAUAAAGCGAAGAGAUAAAGCGGGAGAAAUGGCCCCUAAGGUGAACCCCAGAAGAUCAGGGGGUAGCUCGCCACAGAAAGAUAAGGGGGCUAUGGGUAAACUGGAUAAAAUAUGGAAGUCUCCAGCUGUGGGUAUUAAAUCUAGAACCCAGAAGGAUCUCUCUCCUAGUAAAACAGGUUCUAGGUACUCGGUUCUGGAGGUGGAAGAAAUUGAGGACAGGCAGACCGUGCCCCCCAUGGGAAUUCAGUUGUUGGAGGAGAUCUUGGGAGGGGUAAAAAAAUCUAACUGUGCAAUUGAGGAGAUAAAUAAACAAUUGGGUGUGGUAUCUACUGAGGUAUCAAUGAUAAGACACGAUAUGACUAAGAUGAGAGAUAGGAUUUCCAGACCAGAGGAAGAAGCCCCUAAAACAGAAAAAAGGAUCAAGGUUCUGGAAGAGGAGGUCAAUGAUUUAAAAAAGGAGAAGAUAUCCAUUAAAGAUAAGCUCACUGACCUUGAAGAUAGAUCUAGACGUUGUAAUAUAAGGAUGGUGGGGUUCCCUGGAGGGGCAGAGGGGGGGGGGGGGGACUCUGCUAUCCAGUUCUGCAGUGGAUGGCUGAAGGACGUGAUAGGUGAAGGGAACUUUACCCCAAUGUUUGGGAUCGAACAAGCUCAUCGGGUCCCAAGGCGGAUACCCCCUCCGGGGGGCCCCCCUAGGACAAUCCUAAUCAAGUUAUAUACUUCCCAGGAUAGGGACACGAUUCUUAGGAGGGCAAGAGAAGUGAGGGACCUACAGUACAAUGGGCAGAACAUUUUUGUAUAUCCGGAUUUCUCCUGGGAGACUCAGAGGAAAAGGGCAUCCUUUCGAGAGAUAAAAAGGCAGUUAAAGAAUGCGGGGGUGCCCUUCUCUCUUUUGUUUCCAACAAGACUCCGGGUAGAGCAUAAGGGAAAGGUAAUAAUAUUUGGAACCUCGCAGGAAGUCUCAGAUUGGAUGGAUAAAGAAGGCAUGUAGUAUAAGAUAUUAUCAUGGCAUUAGGGGU